GGUCUUGCCUCCCCUCCCUCCGGUUUCGGCCCCGUGCCGGUGCGUGCGGCUCCUGGGCGAUUCCGCGGGGUCACGUGUUGUUUUGCUCUUUAGUUCAGGCACUCGCCGCGCGAUGUGUUAUUUACUGGGGGACGGGGACCGAGGCAGGCGGCAGCAGGAGCAGCGCUGGGCGGCAGGACCGCGGGCAGCAGCAGCAGCACCCGGGGCGGAGCGGAGCUGAGGGCAGGCGACCCACGGCUCUCUCCUCCGCAGCCGGAGGAGCCUGGAGCAGCGGCAGCGGCAGGUUGUGGCGGGGCUGGGGAUGGCGAGCCCCGGGGGGCCGGGGCUGCUGCCGCCCGCCGGCUGCUCCCUGCCGGGCGCCGGCCACAACCACAACCACAACAACAACAACAACCACCAGCAGGGCGUGCGGAAAUGCGGUUACCUGCGCAAGCAGAAGCACGGCCACAAGCGCUUCUUCGUGCUGCGCGCGGGCGGCGGGGACGAGGCGGCGGGCGCCCGCCUCGAGUACUACGAGAACGAGAAGAAGUGGAAGAGCAAGUCGGCGGCGCCCAAGCGGGUCAUCGCGCUGGACUCCUGCCUAAACAUCAACAAGCGGGCGGAUGCCAAGCACAAGUACCUCAUCGCCCUCUACACCAAGGACGAGUACUUUGCUGUGGCUGCCGAGAAUGAGCAGGAGCAGGAGGGCUGGUACCGGGCGCUGACUGACCUCCUGAGUGAGGGCAAAGCUGCCUGCCAGGGUUCCCCGCACCGUCGCCUCCCCUCUCCCUUUGCUCCCACCGCCGAGGACCUCAACUACGGGCUGGUGACGCCGGCCAGCGCUGCCUACCGAGAGGUCUGGCAGGUGACACUGAAGCCCAAGGGCUUGGGGCAGAGCAAGAACCUGACGGGCGUGCACCGGCUCUGCCUGUCCGCCCGCACCAUCGGCUUCGUGCGCCUCAACUGUGAGCUGCCGGCUGUCACGCUGCAGCUAAUGAACAUCCGCCGCUGCGGCCACUCCGACAGCUUCUUCUUCAUGGAGGUGGGCCGCUCUGCUGCCACAGGACCUGGCGAGCUGUGGAUGCAGGCAGACGACUCGGUGGUGGCGCAGAACAUCCACGAGACCAUCCUGGAGGCCAUGAAGGCGCUCAAGGAGCUGUCCGAGUUCCGGCCCCGCAGCAAGAGCCAGUCGUCAUCGUCAUCCUCAUCGUCGGGCGGUGGCGGUGGCGCCUCAGCUACACACCCCAUCACCGUGCCCGGUGGCCGCCGCCACCACCACCACCUGGUCAACCUGCCGCCCAGUCAGACUGGGCUCCUGCGUCGCUCCCGCACCGACAGCCUGGCAGCUGGCAGCACCAAGGACACGCCAUGUCGGGUGCGCACAGCCAGCGAGGGAGAUGGUGGCUGCCGCCUAGGCUCACUGGCUGGCAGCCCUAUGAGUCCUGGGCCGGUGCGGACGCCCCUGAGCCGGUCGCAUACACUGGGGGCGGGGGGUGGCAGCUGCGGCAGCAGCAGGCAGGCGGCUAGGCUGGUGCCAGUGCCAAGCAGCCGAUCCAUGUCCAUGCCUGUGUCUCACUCACCGCCCUCUGCCGCUAGCCCUGUCAGCCUGUCGUCCAGCAGUGGGCUGGGCUCAGAGCCACCCCAUCCGCUGCGCCUCUCCAGUGGCAGCACCUCUGUGGCAGGCUCCCCCAGUGACCUGGGCUUCAUGUCCUUUGAUGAGUAUGGCUCCAGCCCCGGCGGUGAUAUGCGGCCUUUUUCCUCCUCUUCCACCGCCAGCAACCGUAGCAACACGCCUGAGUCUGUUGCCGAGACCCCCCCGGUACAUGAAACUGGUGGCGCUGUUGAGCUCUAUGGCUACAUGGCUAUGGAGCGGCUGCAGCCUGGCCGGCUUGGCUGCCGGCCCUGUCCAGAGCUCAGCACUGACAAGGCCCAUCGCAAACGGACCUACUCGCUGACCACACCAUGUCGGCAGCGGGCUGCCCCACCUCAUGUCUCCUCUGCCUCUCUGGACGAGUACACCCUCAUGCGGGCCACCUUUGCUGGUAGUGCCAGCCGUCUCUUCCCCUCUGGUCCAGCAGGGGUGUCGCCCAAAGUGACCUACACCCCUUACCCUGAGGAUUAUGGGGACAUCGAGAUUGGCUCUGGUGGUGGCACCCAUGUGGGGCCAGCAGCAGGGCAAGGAGGCGACGAUGGCUACAUGCCCAUGACCCCUGGGGUGGCAGCUGCCUUGGCGCGGGGCAGCCAUGACUACAUGCCCAUGAGCCCCACUAGUGUGUCUGCUCCCAAGCAGAUCCUGCAGCCCCAGACUGGGCUAGGGGGCGGUGGCUGCUCCUCUUCCUCCUACAAGACCAGCUCCCCGGGGGAGAACUCCCCAGAUGACAGUGGGUACAUGCGCAUGUGGUGUGGCUCCAAGCUGUCGGUGGAGAGUGCUGAUGGACGGCUGGGUACAGGCGACUACAUCAACAUGUCCCCCCGCGAGCCGCCACAGCUGCCAUCAGGGCCCACCACCCCAGCCCUCACCCCCCCUGACCUCUUCUUCUCCCCAAGGGCAAGCGAACCUCUGGCCAAGCCAGGCUACUCAUGCAGCUCUUGUGGGGGAGUGCAGGACAGCGAUCAGUAUGUGCUGAUGAGCUCCCCGGGGCGACUGGAGGCAGCGGUGACAGGAGGAGGUGCCCCAGUGGGCCCCGCUACGCCAUCCGGCCUGCACCACAGCCGGCCUGAGAGCUUGCGAGGCCCGCGAGUGGCCCGGCCCAGCCGCCUGUCACUGGAACCAGUGCGGACGCUGCUGCCACCCAGCAUCCAGGAGCGACCGCUGCUGCCGUCUGAGCCCAAAAGCCCCGGUGAGUACAUCAACAUAGACUUUGGCGGCUGCUCUCUGCCUGCUGACAGCCCUGCUUCCUCACUGGGCUCGGGGCCUGGCCGGCAGCGCUCACCUCUCUCUGACUACAUGAACUUGGACUCGGGGCGCUCGGGUGCCGCAUCGCCUGAUGAGGCACUGUCUCCAGGCUCGGGGAGCAGCAGCAGCAGCCAGCCGGGUGGGCACUACCUGCCAGCAGCUGUGGGGGUGGCAUGCCUGUGUAGCCCGUCGGAUGGCGCAGACUACACGGAGAUGGCUUUUGGAACAGCCACCACACCGCCGCAACCCAUAGCGCACAAGCCUGAGAGUGCCCGGACAGUUGCUAGCCCCACAGCAGGUGUGAAGCGCCUCACGCUGGCUGGGGUGGAGGCUUUCCUUCUGGCCAGCCCACCCCUGGACCCUGACCGCGGCGCCAAAGUCAUCCGUGCUGACCCACAAGGCCGGCGGCGCCACAGCUCCGAGACCUUCUCGUCCACCACCACUGUGACCCCUGUGUCCCCCUCCUUCGCGCACACCCCCAAGAGGCACAACUCGGCAUCAGUGGAGAAUGUGUCGCUCAGGAAAAGCGAGGGGCUGCAGGAGGAGCAGGGCACUAGCCCCAUGUGCCGCCAGACCUCCGCCGGCUUCCAGAACGGCCUCAACUAUAUUGCCAUCGAUGUGCUGGAUGGGCCCCUGCUGGCUGCCUGCGACCAGAGCCGGCCCCGGGCCUGCCUUGCCCUGAGCACUGGCUUGGGGGUCGGGGAGCCCAGCACCUAUGCCAGCAUCGACUUUCUCUCGCACAACCUCAAAGGAGCCAGUGCUGUGAAAGCUAGUUGAUUCAGAAGAAAAGAAAUACAGGAAGAAAGAGGCAUUGAGAGAAUCUACCCUUUUCAGAGAGAAAUUUGAAGUUAAGCUCGGAUGGAUAGAUGACUGAAAGGUCAAACAGAAAUGAACACUGAUUCUGAAUGAUUGGAGAGUGACGGAGAGAUCAUGAGUUGUUGGUUGGUUGUAGUUUUGCUGAAGUAGGUUUCUUGAUUUGCUUGGUUUGGCCUAAAUGAAUGUGACUAAUGACAAUUUUUGGUUACAUUGCCUUAUGUUGUUAUGUAAACUUUGGCAUAUACAGACCAUAGUCAAACACUGGAAUUAUGUUCCACUAAAAUUGAGCUCUCUUCUCCUCUGCAUUUGUUAUAAAUUGAGUUUCACAAUAAUUGAAUUUUGCUUGAACCAUCUUCAGUCCCAACUGCAAAACAAACCCAAGUUGGGAAAGAACCACUUCCACAAUAUCCUCCAAACUGUUGACCCUGAGGCUAAGGGUGGGGAGAAGGAGGCAGAAGGGGGAGGAAGUCCAGUGACAGGAAAAACCUGGACUGGAGUAAAGUACUUCUGCCACCUAGGCUAGAGUAGAAAUAAACUAGUCUUUCAAUCAGAUAAGCAGGAGGUACUUGUUACACUGACCCUGUAAUAAAGUUAAGAAAAAAGAUAAUGUGAUAAAUAUAGCAACAUGAAUUGCCAGUGUGUGCUUGGAAGAGUUGAAUACUGGUAGUUAAUAGAAUGUGUGAAGAAAAAGACUUGCUAAUGUGAAUAUUUCCUUCUGUGUAUAGGUUUCCUUUCCCUGUGCCCUUGAUAAGCUUUUGAAUGUGCAGUAAAAACCAGAAUCAUAAAUGUUCUGUGUAAAUCCCUUGCGAGUUAAGCUGUGUGUAGGAGGCGAGGCUGAUCAUAUCUGCCAUUGUGUUCCCCUGAGGAAUGCUUGGUUUUGUUGCAUGUAGUUACGCAGAACCUGCUCAGGAAGUACUAUCCCCAAUUUCAGAGUGUAUAGGUAGGAAACAGCUUGCCCAACCAACUGUCAGAAGUAUUCUUGGUCAUAGCCGGAAGAGGAGGCUUUAUGCAAUGCACAUCUGUCCUGAACUAUAACUAGAAGAUUAAGAAAGUGUGAAUAUAUUAUUAGUGUAAGGCAUAAGUAGUAUGCUGUUGAGCCAAGCCAUUAGCAGUUACAACUCCUGAGCUUCUAUUUUAGUUUUGAUUACAUAUCAACACUGAGGGUUGUUUACAGAGCUGCUGCUGCUACUGCUAUUGCUGCUUUUUCAAGAUCACCAGUUGCAGUAUAUACAGGGUUCAAAGAAACUUAAAGUUUGUUACAGGACUUUCAUGGGUACAGGUUGUAGCUGUGUUGGUCUAAGGACAUAGGCAGAUCAGGCUGUUUGGGUAAAUCUGAUGUCUUUUACUAGGCCAACUCAAUUGUUGGAAGAAAUUCUUUGCACCAGUAUUUGUACCCGAAAGCUUGCAAAGAAGAAUUUUUUCCAACUAUUUGAAUUGGCCUAAUAAGAGACAUCAGAUUUACCCAAAAAGCCUGGUCUACCUUACAGGACUUUGACAUUUCUAUGAUGAAACACAUAUACACAAUAGAAGAAAAAUAUAUAUGUCUGGACAUACCAGGAACUAUUUUUAUUUGUUUGCUGUUUUAGUACAGUGGUAGUUCAGUUUGAUCUGGGACAAAAUAAAAUGUUUAAUAAAAUCAUUUGGUGUUAUGAUGUAUGGCUUACCCAUGUUGUAACAUAUAUCUGAUGUGAUCAGCACUGUUUACUUUGCUUUUGUACUAAUGGAUUGCUAAAGGCAUUAUGAGGGAAACUAGCCUUGUCUUUUUCAAAGCCAAGGAGAAGCUUGUAGCUAUUUUAAAAUAGUGGAAUGUAUACAUUUUUAUUAAGAAGUGAUGUAAAGAUCUCUAAUAGAUAUGUUGUAGAGAAGUAAGUUGAUUCUACUUGAUUUAUCAGGUAACUCAUGUUUUAGUUGUAAAAUGAAUGUAAACCAGAAUUAAUUCAAAUACUUCCCAUGUUUCUAUCUUUAGGUAUAAAUGCCAUCAUGCAGAUAACUAUUGUCCAAGUGCUUUUGUUUUAACAAUGGGAAAUAAUCAUCUGACUUUGGUUUAAGGUGCAUUGACUUUCAUCAGUAUUUUUUUAGUUUUGGGGAACUGGGUACUUUUGGAAUUCUCUGUCCCCAUAAAUCCUGUUAUGACAGGAGCAAGUUAGCAGAACCAAAAGAGUUGUCAAAACAGAAAAAUAAGGCCAUUCAAAAUCUAUCACUUUGUUUAGGUCUAUGCUCCGGAAAUGUGUGAGCCUUUGAAAAUCUAAGUAGUUGCUGCAUUCUGAAAUGUAAAUAAAGUAAUGCCUUUAUUAGCCAGUUGGAAUUUCUUUUGUUGUAUGCUGAUAAUUAGUUAAUGUUCAGUUCUCAAACUAUGAAAUGGCACCUCUGUUGUCUAAUUUUUGUAUGAAGUAAAGUGUGUGUUCUUACAUACUUCAGUUCAACACCUCCCCCC